UUUAAUAGUACGUAGCAUUGUUUCGAACAGUAAAAGUACAUGGAACAUUCGAAUUUAGAUUCGAUGACGUCCUUUGUGACGCCAGUAAAAAAAUUGAUCCAUUUACGUCGCACUGCUUCAACUUUCUCAAAAUGAAAAUAGUUGAUUAGAUUCGGACUAAAUGCAAUAUACGAACUACUCUCGAAAUAAUAAUUAGUAAAACUGGCGGCGGUUGUAUUCCGAAUCGAUUCGGUGGAAAUAAAAAAUAUAGGUUAAUAUUGAUUAUCUCGAGAAAACUAACGGCGAAACAUUGCGUAUCGGUCCUACCUAUAGUAACGUUCGCUGAUAUAACAAAAUUGUGCUGUACAGGUACAGAGAAAAACAUUUGGGAGGAUUGAUGCCUCCAUGUCGCUUCAACGGAUCAUUUUAAUUUCCGGAACGGCCCAAAUUAAUGGGUACAUUGAAAAAGAUGGCACAAUCUCUCCGAAUAAGCCGACCACGUUCCAAAAUUCAGGGGUCAAUGUUGUGCUGGGAGGCACAAUGAUGGCGGGAAUUGUGAUUACGGUAUUUUUGAUUUGUUACUGUUGUCACCGAAGGCAACAGUACGGCCAGACGAAUGUCCCACAAUAUUGGCGAGAUCCUGGACUGUCAGUGGAGGUGUACACAGUCGAAGGACAGCAGACCUAUGAGGUGCCUGACGAUCUCUCAGGACACGUCCAUCAAGGUCCGCCACCCUCAUACGAGAGCGUUGUUGUGGUGGAUUACGAAGACAUAGAUAAGGUUGAUUUGCGAAAUGUUAUAAAGAAUCAUCCCGACUAUGAUGGGGGGUUACCUACUUACGAUGAUGCUAUAAAGAUGGCUCGCAGAGAAAACUCUACCUAAGCCUUUUAGAUAUACCGGGUGGCGAUUUGUGAGACAAGAAAUUAUUUAGCAAAACUCUCAUUCUAUUUACCAAAAUCAAAAUCAAGAUGGUUAUAAUUUGGCAAAUUGAAAACUAAAAUGUUAUCUACCUACGUGAGAAGCACCACCCGGUUUACAAGGUAACAUUUUUAUUGCGUGUUUCACUUAAGCAAUAAUUGAAUGUGAACAAAAUAGCAAAGGCAAUAUACCUUUAUAAGGCUGUGGAAUAUCCGUCAAUCAAAAUUAGUAUUAUUUAUUUUAUCUUAUUAGAAGUUUACGUUCUAAACGCUUAGGCGUAAAGCAAACUUUUCUGUGAUAGAUUUGAAUAUAAUAAAUAUAAAAUCUCCUUUCCUUUAGGUUUAGAUGCAGUACCUGCUUAAUGUUAUUUGGAAAUCUAAAUUGCGGUUCUCCUAAAAAAGCAAUGCCCGAUUUGGGAACUGUAGAAAAUAUACGGAUGCUAUACUCAUUUUAAUUGAUUUACUUUUUUAUUGCUUCAACCCCGCAUUGGUCAUUGCUUAGUAGGUAAAUAGUGAUUGAUAUUACAUACACAUUAUAUUUAGCUGUAGUACCUCUAUGUGUUAUUAAUUGUCACUAACUAAUUAUCACAAUAUUUUCUUGAAUACACAGAUUUGUAAACACAAUGAUACAUCCAAAACGCAAAGUGGUUGUGACAUUAUCUAAAGAAAGCUACUCGUUUAUCUACUACACGGUCGAAAUGUAUCCAAUUUUGUUUGUUAUACUUCGUUAUAUCAUUUUGUAAAUAAAAAGUACCUAAACUUUUAAAAAUUAA